AUGGCUGUAGUCUCAGUGUCUCUUCUCAGUGUCUCUGCUGUCACUAAUUCUUCUGGAGGAUUGAAAAAGGAACUGAGACUAGCUGGUGGUGAAAACAACUGUAGUGGCAGAGUGGAAGUUAAGAUCCAUGAGAAGUGGGGAACGGUGUGCCAGAACAACUGGAGCAUGAAUGAGGUGUCUGUGGUGUGCCGGCAACUAGGAUGCCCAACUUCUAUUCAAGCCCUAGGAUGGCCUAACUCCAGUGCAGGCUCUGGAGACAUCUGGAUGGAUAAGGUUUCUUGUACAGGGAAUGAGUCAGCUCUUUGGGACUGCAAACAUGAGGGGUGGGGAAAGCAUAACUGUACCCACGAGCAAGAUGUUGGAGUGACCUGCUCAGACGGAUCCAAUUUGGAGAUGAAACUGGUGAACGAUCGGCCCAACCGGUGUUUAGGAAGAGUAGAAGUGAAGUUCCAGGGAAAGUGGGGAACCGUGUGUGAUGACAACUUCAGCAAAGAUCAUGCUACUGUGAUUUGCAAACAACUGGGAUGUGGAAGUGCCAUUAGUUUCUCUGGCUCAGCUAAAUUUGGAGCCGGUUCUGGCCCAAUCUGGCUUGAUGAUCUGGUAUGCGAUGGAAAUGAGUCAGCUCUCUGGGACUGCAAACACGGAGCAUGGGGAAAGCAUAACUGUGAUCAUGCUGAGGAUGUUGGGGUGAUCUGCUUAGAGGGAGCAGAUCUGAGCCUGAGACUGGCCGAUGGAGGGUCCAAAUGUUCAGGAAGAUUGGAAGUGAGAUUCCAAGACGAAUGGGGGACUGUGUGUGAUGAUAGCUGGGACGCUCUUGACGCUUCUGUGGUGUGUAAACAACUGGGAUGCCCAGCUGCUAUCUCUCUCAUUGGCCGAGUUAAUACCAGUGAGGGAUCUGGACAAAUUUGGCUUGACAAUGUUUCCUGCAAAGGAGAUGAAGCAGCUCUUUGGGACUGUAAGCACCAGGAAUGGGGAAAGCAUUACUGUAACCACAGAGAAGAUGCUGGUGUGACAUGUUCUGAUGGAUCGGAUCUGGAGCUGAGACUUGUAGGUGGAGGCAGUCGCUGCUCUGGGACUGUGGAGGUAGAGAUUCAGAAGCUGAAAGGAAACAUAUGUAGCCGAGGCUGGACCCUGGUAGAUGCUGACGUGGUCUGUAGACAGCUUGGAUGUGGAUCUGCUCUUCAGACAAGUUCUAAAAUCUACUCCAAAAGUAUGGCAACAGAUACAUGGCUCUUUCCUGGCUCUUGUAGUGGAAAUGAAACUUCUCUUUGGCAAUGCAGAAACUGGCAGUGGGGUGGCCUCUCCUGUGACCACUUUGAAGAAGCCCAAGUUACCUGCUCAGGUCACAGGGAACCCAGAUUGGUUGGAGGGGAAAUUCCAUGCUCCGGGCGUGUGGAAGUGAAACACGGCGACGUGUGGGGCUCUGUCUGUGAUUUCGGCUUAUCUCUGGAAGCUGCCAGUGUGGUGUGCCGGGAAUUACAAUGUGGAACAGUCAUCUCCAUCCUAGGGGGAGCACAUUUCGGAGAAGGAAGUGGACAGAUCUGGACUGAAGAAUUUCAGUGCACGGGGAAUGAGUCCCAUCUUUCACUGUGCUCAGUGGCUCCCCCUCUGGAAGAAAGUUGCAGCCACAGCAGGGAUGUCAGCAUAGUCUGCUCACGAUACACAGAAAUCCGCCUGGCAGGUGGCAAGUCCUCCUGCGAGGGAAGAGUGGAGAUCAAGGUGCUCGGAGCCUGGGGGCCCCUCUGCAACUCUCACUGGGACAUUGAAGAUGCCCAUGUCUUAUGCCAGCAGCUGAAAUGUGGAGUUGCUCUGUCCACCCCAGGGGGAGCACACUUUGGGAAAGGAGCUGGCCAGGUCUGGAGACACAUGUUCCAUUGCACAGGGACUGAGCAGCACAUGGGGGAUUGCCUCGUGACUGCGCUGGGUGCACCGGUGUGUUCUGAAGGGCAAGUGGCUUCGGUAAUAUGCUCAGGAAACCAAUCCCAGAUACUGCAGCCGUGUAGUUCGUCAUCUUCGGUCCAAACAACAAGCUCUACCAUUCCAAACCAAAGCGAUGUUCCCUGCAUAGCAAGCGGUCAAGUUCGUUUGGUAGAUGGAGGUAGUCGCUGUGCUGGGAGAGUAGAAGUCUAUCAUGAGGGCGUCUGGGGCACCAUCUGUGAUGACAGCUGGGAUCUGAUUGAUGCCAGUGUGGUGUGCAAGCAGCUGGACUGUGGUGUGGCUAUUAAUGCCACUGGUUCUGCUUACUUUAAGGAAGGGACAGGGAAUAUCUGGCUAGACGAGAUCAACUGCAGUGGGAAAGAGUCUCAAAUUUGGCAGUGCCGCUCACACGGCUGGGGACGCCAUAACUGCAGGCACAAGGAGGACGCCGGUGUCAUUUGCUCUGAGUUCAUGUCUCUGAGGCUGACCAAUGAUGUCCCUAGGGAGAACUGUACAGGUCACCUGGAAGUGUUUUACAAUGGUACAUGGGGAAGUGUUGGCAGCAGCAAUAUGUCUUCAACCACUGUGGGGGUGGUGUGCCGCCAACUGGGCUGUGCAGACAGCGGGACCUUGAAACCAACAUCUGCAGACAAGACUCCAUCCAGGCUCAUGUGGAUAGAUAAUGUACAGUGUCCAAAAGGAGUUGACACCUUAUGGCAGUGCCCCUCCUCUCCAUGGAAGCAGAGGCAGGCCAGCCCUUCAGAGGAGUCCUGGAUCGUCUGUGACAACAAAGUAAGACUUCAGGGAGGACAUACGGACUGUUCAGGACGUGUGGAGAUCUGGCACAAAGGCUCCUGGGGUACAGUGUGUGAUGACUCCUGGGACCUUAAUGAUGCUAAGGUUGCAUGUCGGCAGUUGGGCUGUGGUCAAGCUGUGAAGGCAUUAAAAGAAGCAGCCUAUGGUCCAGGAACUGGGCCAAUAUGGCUCAAUGAAAUGAGGUGCAGAGGGAAGGAGACUUCCCUGUGGGAUUGUCCUGCCAAACCAUGGAGUCACAGUGACUGUGGGCACAAGGAAGAUGCUUCCAUACAGUGCCUUCCAGGAGCACCUCCAAAAUCAGAGCAAGGUCACUCGGUCCUCGUUGCACUCUUGAUCUGCGGGGCCAUUCUGUUGGUCCUUGUCAUCGCAUUCCUGUUGUGGACUCUGAAGCGAAGACAGAUACAGCGGCUUACAGUCUCCUCCAGAGGAGAGAUUUCGAUACACCAAGUUCAAUACCAGGAGAUGAAUUCGAGGGCAGACGAUCUGGACCUGCUGAAGUCCUCAGAAAACUCCAAUGAUUUUAAUGCUGAUGGACUAACGUCUCUGUCUAAAUAUCUUCCUAUUCCUGGAUUUAAAAAAGGGAGCAAUUCAGAGGAACACUGA